AUGACGUCUUUGCAGCAAUCCGCUAAUACUCGCCUUCGUUGGUUCAUUGGAUCCCUGGCUAUUGCCUCCUUUCUGGGGUACUGGCAGGUGAAUACAAGAGUUCUGCAACAGACGGGUCCAGAACCCUGUAAAGAAGCCAUUAUUCAUCCUGCUGCUGCUGGUGUUAGAACGGUGGAACACGACGAUGCCAUUGCCGCCCAUCUUCCGGAGUGGUUACAAGAAUACGGCACAUGGCAUCAAGAAGCUAUAUCCCAGCUGAAUGCGACCAAUUGGAGAUCGCAACGGUUUUUGGUCAUGACGGCCAUUCGGGGUCGACGCACGGGAGGAUUGACGGAUCGAUUGAAACCGCUUCCCUUCUUUUUGAAAUUGGCCGCCACGACCAAUCGUAUUCUACUCAUUUACUGGAGCAAACCAUUCACAUUGGAGCAGUAUCUGUUACCCCCAGAAGGUGGAUUCGACUGGAGAGUCCCGCGGUACAUGGUAGAUGCCAUUGCCACGGCCAAACUGGAAACCCGACCCGAAGGCGUGCGUCGAUUGGCCAAUGAUACCGGAAGUGGGACCAUGUUGUUGGCCACGCAAAUGCAAGCGCACGAUUACGGGGAGGGAUGGUACGACGACAAUCCACUCGACGGAGACAAUACCGGCAGUCGCAAAGAUGUCUUUCGACACAUGUGGCACUGGACAUUUACUCCCACACCACCCAUUGCACAGCGCAUCCAGGAAGAAUUUGAUUACAUGGGGGUCACUCCGGGGAACUAUGCCGCGGCACAUAUCCGGGCCGUCUAUGCCGUCAAGGAACGGUCCGACGAUACCAUUGUGCGCAUGACCAAACAUGCCAUGGACUGUGUUUCCAUGCUGCGGCCCGGUGGACCAUUCUUUGUGGCGUCCGAUACCGACAAGGCCAUUACCGUGGCCAAAGCCUAUGGACGCAUCAAAAAUGUCACUGUUGUGGCAUCUUCCAAUCACAACCACAACAACCGAAAAGACCCGCUGCAUUUGGACAUGUACAAUACCACGGAUCCCUCCAUCAUGCCAGAAGAUUUCUACGAUGCCUUUGUCGAUUUGUACCUACUGGGGAGUACUCGGUGCAUUGCCCAUGGCCAAGGCAGUUUUGGCCAUUGGGGGUAUCUCUUGGGAUACGAUCCUUCUUGUGAAAUUCGACAUUUCAAAGGACCCCAAUGUGCAUGGACCGACGGUCCAACAGCAACAGCACAAGAACAACAAAUGAGGGUCUUUGGCGUGGCAUCCAAGGAACCACCAUCUCGUCCAUUGUUCCGACAGCCCAUGUCGUACGAUUCGAUUUACGCAUACCGCCACUAA